AUUCUAUCUUUUUCUUUCUCAUCAUUUUGACAUGAGAUGCAAUGAUAAAAAAAAAAACUGACGAAACAAAAUAAAAAAAACAGUCAACAAUGCCUGUCAUAAGAGAAAAUAAGUGAUAACAUAAAUUAAAAACAGAUUGCAAUAACAAAUAUGUCAAAAUUAAAGUUUAUUUAAAUAACAAAAUUAUGUGGUAAAUAAUUCAUGAAAAAUUAUUAACGUUGACGUUUAACCAUCCAACAAAAAAUCAUGUGUCACUGUUUACUAUGAAUCAUAAAUAUUUAUUAGAAAUAACUACGUGUAAAAAAUCAUUGAUUGAUAAUUUAGAAAAAUUUACAAAACAAUUAAUUAAUUAAUAAAUAAAAAAAUGGAUAAAAAUCAAGUAUUAAAUAAUUAUUCAAGAGUGCCAUUAAUGUCACUUGAUGAUUCUGAGCCAGCAUGGAAUAAUGAUGAUGUGCCAUGUAUACCAAAAUUAUCAGAAAUAAAACAAUCAAUAAGUAAUGAUAAAAAUACAAUAUAUGAAGAAAUUAAAUUAACUGAUAAUUAUGAUGACACUAAAAAUUUAAGUCGUUUAGAUAAAUUAAAAAUUAAUGUUAUACGAGAAAGAGUUACAUCAAAAUUAUCAUAUGGUGAUCUUAAAUUACUUGGUUGCAGUAACCUUGGUCUUGUUACUGAUGAUAUAAGAAAAAUUCUUUGGCCUCAAUUAUUAAGAAUUGAAGGAAAAAACAUUCCUAGUAUUGAUGAAUUAAAUGAUAUACAUAAAAAAAUACAAGAUAGUGUUUAUCAACAAAUUUUAAAAGAUGUUGCAAGAAGUGGUGGACAUUUACCAGCUGAUGCAAGUGAAUUAGAACAUGAAAAAUUUCAAGAUAAACUUGUUAAAAUAAUAUGUUGGGUACUAUACAGACAUCCAGAAUUAAAUUAUUAUCAAGGUUACAAUGAUGUUGCAGCAACAAUUCUCAUUGUCAUGGGUUUAGAAAAAGGUCUGUGUAUACUUGAAAGGAUAACACUUGAAUUUUUAGAACGUUUUAUGGAGCCAACAAUGGAAAGAGUUAAUCAAGAAUUAUUUUAUAUAUUUGCAUUAUUAGAAAGAAUACAUCCAAAACUUUUGGAACAUUUAGAAAAUGUUGAAUUAUUUCCUCAUUUUGCUCUUGCUGAAUACACAACAUGGUAUGCUCAUAAAUACGCUGAAAAUCGUAAAUUAUUACAUCGUUUAUUUGAUUUUUUUCUUGGUACACAAACUUUAAUGCCAUUGUAUUUGAGUACUGUUAUUGUUGCACAUAGAGCAACUGAAAUAUUUAAUACAACACCUGAUAUGGGACAUACACAUAAAGUUUUGUGUACACUAUCAGAUGAUUUACCAUUUGAAGAACUUUUAAUAACAGCUAAAAAUUUAUACAGAGAUUAUCCACCAGAUUCAAUAAGUAAUGAUGUUUAUGAUUAUGAUCAUAAAAGAAAAAGAAAAGAAAAAGAAUGGAAAAUAAAAGCUGAAAAUAAUAGAAUUGAACGUGAAAGAUUAAGAAAAUUAAAAGUUGCUAUUCCACAAUCACGUAUGCCAUAUCGUUUACGUAGUUACAGUACAAUAACUGUUGUUACAAUAUUAGCUAUUGGUAUUUAUGCAUUUUUAAAAACUGGUACGAGCAUCAACUGACAUUAGCUUUAUACUUGGCCUAUUUAUUUAUCCUACUAUAGCUAUCUUUUAAUUGUUAUCCAAAGAUACAAUUCAUUUUAAUUGAAACAAGCAUUUGAAAAUACUUUUUUUUUCUUUUUUAUUAUAUGGUUGAUUUAUUCAUCCAAAAAAAAUCAUAGUCAUUUGUUUUUCUACCCUUUUUUUUUUGAAUUUAUAUAAGCUACUUUUUUAAAAAAAUAAACAAACAUUUUUCCUACGUAAUUUCUCUUUUUUUUUUUUUUAUGUCAAUAUGAAAUAUUUGUAAUGAGUAUACACAAUGGUUAUAUAAUUAAAUUAUUAUAUAUAUAUAAAAUUAUGUGUAUUGUAAAAUAAUAUGAAGAAUGAAUGAUUAUUUAUUGAACUGAAAUUAAGAUAGUACAAUUCACUCAACAUUAUUGCCAAAGUGCAAGUUGUAAUUUAUGUUUAUCAAUAAAAAAAAAAUAUAUAUAUAUAAAAAUAAAAUUGAAUGUUGCAUUUGAACAAGCAUCCAAAGAAAGCUGGGGAAUAUUUGCUAGUAAAAAAUAAUAAUAUCUAGAAC